GGAGGCGUCUGGGUCCCGGGUGCCUGCAGCGCCGCCCUCUCGGCUGGGGCGGAGCCAGCGUUUCGCUGCCCCUUUAUCUGCAGCCCCGAAGGAGCCGCGGGGACGCCCGGGAAGGCUUCCUGCUCGGGUCACAGGGUUCCCAAACUAGUCAAGUUCACCUGACAUCCUGCUCCCAGGUCCCAGACACGUGGUCCAGGCAGAGCUUUGCUGUCCCCUCACUGUAUGAUCUUGGCUCCCUACCCAGGCCCCAACCAUGGCCAUGGCAGUAGCCCAGAAGUUCAACCACCUGCUGUCCAGCCUGUGGCACGUCGGUGAGAAGCCUCCGCAGCCAGAGCCCGUGUUCACGGUGGACCGGGCCGAGGUGCCGCCCCUGUUCUGGAAGCCGUACAUCUACGCCGGCUACCGGCCGCUGCAUCAGACCUGGCGCUUCUACUUCCGCACGUUGUUCCAGCAGCACAACGAGGCCGUGAACGUGUGGACCCACCUGCUGGCCGCCCUGGCACUGUUACUGCGUCUGGCCGUCUUGGUGGGGACUGUGGACUUCCAGCAAGACCCUCAUGCCCUGCCCCUCUUUAUCAUCGUCCUGGCCUCCUUCACUUACCUCUCCUUCAGCGCCCUGGCUCACCUCCUGCAGGCCAAGUCUGAGUUUUGGCAUUACAGCUUCUUCUUUCUGGACUACGUGGGUGUGGCCGUGUACCAGUUCGGCAGUGCCUUGGCACACUUCUACUAUGCCAUCGAGCCUGCCUGGCAUGCCAAGGUGCAGGCCAUUUUCCUGCCCACAGCGGCCUUCUUGGCCUGGCUUUCCUGUAUGGGCUCCUGCUACAAUAAGUACAGCCAGAAGCCAGGUCUGCUGGGCCGCACCUGCCAGGAGGUGCCCUCGGCGCUGGCCUAUGCGCUGGACAUCAGCCCCGUGGUGCACCGCAUCUUGGUGUCCCCUCAGCUGGCUGAGGAAGACCCGGCCCUUCUCUAUCACAAGUGCCAGGUGGUUUUCUUUCUGCUGGCUGCUGCCUUCUUCUCUACGGUCAUGCCAGAGCGCUGGUUCCCCGGCAGCUGCCACGUCUUCGGGCAGGGCCACCAAGUUUUCCAUGUCUUUUUGGUACUCUGCACGCUAGCCCAGCUGGAGGCCGUGACACUGGACUAUCAGGCCCGCAGGUCCAUCUACGCCCCUCUGCAUGCCCGCUGGCCCCACAACUUCUCCGCUCUCUUCCUGCUGACCGCGGGCAGCAGUGUUCUCACCGCCUUGCUUCUCAGCCAGCUGGUGCGGCGCAAACUCCACCAGAAGACCAAGUGAAAGCAAGGGAGUUAGCAGCUGCCGGGGCAGGAGGAGUGGGGGGGACGAAGGCCUGGGCUUGCCUCCAGAUGGGAACAAGGACUGGUAAACUUUUUGUUUGUGUCUGGUCCAUGAUAACUCCCUGAAUAUAUAGGUCAACUUUCAAGGUGGCACCAGUCAAAUCCUUAGACCUGGGGAUUGACUCGAAGCCGCAGGGCCUACCUAGCUUCCUGCUCCCGGAAAGGGAGAGCUGGAGGUGUGGGCUCACUGCUCUUCUUCCUCCCACUAGGGCUGAGGUUGGGGUUCAGCUUGGGUCAGGACCCUGGUUUGGGCCUUCCGGUUGUCUAGUGGGAGGUGAAAUGUAAGUCAGUAUUAGAUUUGAGCUGUGAGAGGCAGGGAAGGCCUCACUAGCCCCCCAGUUGCACUGGUGUCAGAGGAAACGGGCAUCCUAAAGAUGGGUAGGAUCUGAAUCUACUGUCCCUUGUGACCUGGCCUGAAUCACUGAGUCCCAGAGAGCCCCUGGUGGCAGAAGAUCCCCUCUAGCGGCCCCCUCCUUUAGUCAUUGCCCCAGUCGUUAAGCCCCACAUCUCCUGGCUCUGGACCGAGUCCCACACAGCAGUUUUUAGGUUCUUUUCCAGAGCUUGUUGAUUGUGGUUUGUCUGCUCAGCUGUGUUUCUGGAGCCUCUGCUCAGAGGCCGCCACCUGCUGGGCCCUGUGGAUCAGUGCAGGAUGAGAGGCUUUGAGACUAGAAUGAACUGCUGAAGGACGUCCUGAGGAGGGAGCAUUUAGAGCAGAAGCGCAAGUAGGAGUUUGUAGACUUUAGUCUAGAAAGCAGAGGGGGAAAAGGGUUUGAAAACCUGUGCCAUGGCUCAGAGGUGUAGAAAGUGUUCUGUGGGGGCUGGAGGUAGGGUAGGCCCUGAUCUCUGAUAAAGUUCUGGACAUAAUAAAGUGAUUGUGACAACUGCC